GUGUUUACGACUAAUGUCAGCUUUACUUGACGAUAAAGUGGCGAGUAAACUGAAACGUCAGCUUAAAUAUGACACGAGAGAGUUUUAUAUGAAUGAGACCCACCAUGGCUUCUCGAGCAGGUCCGAGAGCAUCAGGCACAGACGGCAGUGACUUUCAGCACCGGGAGCGGGUUGCCUCACACUACCAGAUGAGCGUCGCCUUGAAGUCUGAAGUCCGUAAACUCAACAUUGUCCAUCUUCUGAUCUGGGUUCUGAUGGCAGCUCAGGUAACUGUGAGCCAGCUCAGCCUGGUGUCCCACAAGGUGGUGGCCUCACCGUACCAGUGGGAGUAUCCCUACCUCUUGAGCAUAAUUCCCACGGUCUUCAGCUUCUUGGCGUUGCCUCGCAACAACAUCAGCUACCUGGUGAUUUCUAUGAUCAGCGCCGGGCUCUUUUGCGUGGCCCCGCUGAUCUACGGCAGCAUGGAGAUGUUCCCAGUGGCGCAGCAGCUCUAUCGUCACGGCAAAGCGUACCGCUUCAUCUUUGGCUUCUCCGCUGUGUCGGUCAUGUACCUGGUGAUUGUCAUAGCUGUGCAGGUGCACGGCUGGCAGAUCUACUACAGCAAGAAGCUGCUGGACCAGUGGUUCACCUCCACACAGGAGAAGAAGAAGAAAUGAGUUCAGUGAAGGUGUGGAUUGAACCAACCAAGAAUAAGACUAACCGAGACUCCCAAAUGUAAAGUUGUCCUUUGCAAACUUUUUCUGGAUUUAUAUUUGACACUUGUUUGAUUAGUUCUUGGACAGCGUGUGACUGCUGCCAUCACUCUGUCCAUGAAUCCAAUCCGUCUGGCAUUUCAUGAUUCACAAGACGUUAAAAGUGUUGAGUUUAUCUGUCUGUACUUAAUUAUUGGCUGUACUGAUGAUGUGAAAACACAUCAUGGGGGAAAUGGAAGAAGAUUGUAAGUGUAAUGUAAUGCGUAAGUAAAAAAGUGUAAAAGAGUUAUCCACACAUGAUGGCUCACCCCACGAGAAAUAAAAUGAUGUGAUUAUCAGA